GGGGAAUAUUGAUAAUAAACAGUAUUCAUUAUCAUUGAACCAAUGUAUUUCAUUAACAUGAUAAUCAUGUAUGUUGAUUCUUAGAUUAAUUGUCAAGAAAAUAACUGACUGGAUUGUUAUUAGUUAUUAACUAACUGACCAAACGUUUAGUUUCCUGACCAGCUAGUUAAGACGGCGUAAUGUUUCUGAGGUUUUGCUGUGAGCUCACCUGGCUCUCAUCAACCCAUGUGUCCUGCUGUCGGCAGUAAGUACCAGGUGGUGGUGGAGGAGGAGCGCCCCCGGAGGCUGAAGAGAGGAACUGCAGAGAUCCUGCGCUGCUACCCGGUUCCCAUCCAUUUCCAGAACGCCUCCCUGCUGAACUCCCAGUACUACUUCAGCGCUGAGCUGCCCAUGGCCGACAUGAGGAGCCCCACGCCCUUCUGUGUCGGAGACAACAGAACCUACGGCGGCUACUGGAACGCGCCGCUGCUGCCGCACAAGAGCUACGGGGUCUACUACCAGGCUGUGAGCUCGGCCAACGGGGAGACAAAGAUCGACUGUGUGAGAGUCGCCACCAAAGCUGCCAUAAUCGCCACCCAGCUCACCACGCCGUAUGUUGGCGUGGCCCCGGAGGCAGGCGACAAGCAGCUGACAGGAACUGCAACCAGGAAGCCAGAACCAGAGCAGGAGAAACAGACGGACCACACGGUGAAGAUUGCUGGGUCCAUCGCUGGCAUCCUCCUCUUCAUCAUCAUCUUCCUAGGAGUCAUCCUUCUGAUGAAGAAAAGACGAAGAAAUUAUCACUCCUACACUUACUACCUGUAAGUAACCUGUUUGACCUUUGACCCUAACGACAGCUGAGUGUUUCCUGCCUGAAACUCUUCCCUAC